UUUCACGAAGGAAACAGCAACUGAAACACGCUCUAUUCCGCUGCUUCCCUCCAGAACGGCAAUCUUCUUCCCUCCCUCACAGAAACCCUAUCUCCAUUCCGCACUUCUCCGUCGGCCAUCCUAUGUGUGCGCUGCUCUGCUCUGCUCUGCUUCACAACAAAAAUUAGAUUUGUAGAGUAAAUUUUUUAAUUAUUUAAUAUUAACCCAACCUAACCCAAACUCAGUCCGGCGCACCUUAAUUUUUUCCAGCCCAGCCCACUUGCCUGCAAACCCUUCUCUCGACCUCGCUCUCCUCGCUCACGGCUCACCCUCGCUCUCUGCCUCCUCUUCUCUUGCUCGUCCGCUCGUACUUCCCCUCGCUCUCUGCCUUUCUCUUGCUCUCGCCCUCGCUGCCUUUCGCCCUCGCUCUCUGCCUGACUGCCUCUCUCUUGCUUUCGCUCGCCCUCGCCCCCACGCUCGCUUGGCCAGUCGGCUUCGCCCUCUUGCUCGCUGCCCUGCCUCUGAUUCAGGUCUUCGUUUUACCCCCCCAAUCUUCCAGAUUUGCUUCAUUCGAGCCCAGCAUCCGCACCUGCUCUGCCUCUCUCAACGAAAUCUGCCUCUCUCCUCCUGCAUCACCGUCUCCACUUGCAACGCCGUUGCCGUCUCCGUCUCGCUCCGCUUCUCGCCAUCCGCCAUCUUGCUCUCUCUCUCUCUCUCUCUCUCUCUGUUCUUCACUGUCCUCAAGAGAUGGCAAGAUGGGAUGAGAUUUUGUCCCUUCCUGUACAGAACCCCCCAACAUUGGAGUUCUCUUCUGAUGACCUUGUGUGGACUAAGGUAGAAGGUUGGCGUGACAAUAUAGAUAGAGUUGCUUUGAUUCCCUUUGCUAGAGUGGAUGAUUUUGUCCGUGGUGAAUCCUCUAAUAAGGAUUGUCCAACAAGAUUUCAUGUUGAAGCCAGGAGGCGUAGGCCUCCAGAGAUGACAUACAAGCCAAAAGUUGAUGGCAUUCUUGAGUAUAUCUUGUAUUGGUGCUCCUUUGGCCCAGAUGACCACAGAAAGGGUGGUAUCGUUCGACCCAGCAGGAGUACUUAUGUCCCAAAGAAGAAAUCUGCUGGCCGGCCAAAUACAAAGAGAGGGUGCACUUGUCACUUUAUUGUGAAACGCUUAAUUGCUGAACCAUCAGUUGCACUUGUCAUUUAUAACCAGGAUAAGCAUGUAGAUAAGAAAGGGUUACCGUGCCAUGGUCCACAGGACAAGAAGGCUGCUGGAACCCGUGCUAUGUAUGCCCCAUAUAUCUCAGAGGAUCUCCGUCUCCGUGUCUUAUCUCUACUCUAUGUUGGGGUUUCUGUGGAAACCAUAAUGCAGAGACACAAUGAAUCAGUGGAAAGACAAGGGGGACCAAGCAAUCGAGAUGAUCUUUUAACUCACAGAUACGUGAGGAGACAGGAGAGGAGCAUCAGGCGAUCUACAUAUGAACUAGAUGCAGAUGAUGCAGUCAGCCUCAGUAUGUGGGUUGAAAGCCAUCAGAAUCAUGUCUUUUUCUAUGAGGAUUUCUCUGAUUCCAAUCCCUUUGUCUUGGGUAUUCAAACAGAGUGGCAGUUGCAGCAAAUGAUACGGUUUGGCUACCACAGCCUUGUGGCUUCCGAUUCAAGGUUUGGAACAAAUAAAUUGAAGUAUUCCGUUCACAGCCUUGUUGUCUUCAAUUCUGACAACAAAGCCAUCCCAGUGGCAUGGAUAAUAGCACCAAGAUUUGCAUGUGGGGAUGCACAUAGGUGGAUGAGGGCUCUUUAUAACAGAGUUCAUACAAAGGAUCCAAUGUGGAAGUUGGCUGGGUUCAUAGUGGAUGAUCCUUUGGCUGACAUCCUAACAAUCAGGGAAGUCUUCCAGUGCUCUGUGUUGAUAUCAUUUUGGCGGGUUCGUCAUGCAUGGCAUAGGAACGUAAUAAAGAGGUGCUCAGAGAUUAUGCGUGCUGAGAUUUCAAGACAGCUUGGUCAGAUAGUGCACAGCAUUUGCAAAGGACAUGGAACUGUGGAUUUGUUUCAGGAUUUCAUGGUAGACUUCAUUGAUGAAUCAGAGUUUAUGGAUUACUUUAAGGCCAUCUGGUAUCCUAGAAUGGAGUUGUGGACAUCUGCACUAAAAGGUCUUCCACUGGCAAGCCAAGAGACUUCUGCAGCAAUGGAGUUUUACCACAACCAAAUGAAACUUAGGUUGCUAAAUGAGAAGGACCCUAGUGUCUAUCAACGUGCUGAUUGGCUGGUUGAUAAGCUGGGCACUAAAGUGCAUUCUUACUUUUGGCUUGAUGAGUAUUCUGAGAAAGAUGAUUUUGCACGAUAUCAGAAGGAUGAAUGGAUGAAUGGUUUAACAUCUUGGCACAAGUCGCUAAAGAUUCCUGAUUCUGAUGUUGUCAUGGAGGGGAAACGUGCAAAAGUUCUUGACCAGGAUGAUAGAAAUAAAGCUCAUGUGGUAUUUAACCCAGGUUCAGAAUUUGGAAUUUGUGAUUGUAUUUGGGCAGAAAAGGGCAACCUCUGUGAGCAUGUGUUGAAAAUUAUCAAGGUUUUUCGCCUCAAAGGAUUUAAUUCUCCAUCUAUCAGUAUGCUUCAGUAUAACCAGGCCUUAAUUAAUAUGCUACACUGCCCCCCGCAUGAUUCUUUGAUUCGGGAUCAUGCUGUUUCUCUUGCAGUCUGGGUACAAAACCAGUUAAAUACACUGGUUGAUGUAGAAAGCACACAGACCAUUAUGGAUUCUGGUGGCCAACUUACUGUUGGGCCGCUUGGUGCCAACCAAGAGAAAGAUAAGAUAAGUGAGAACCAUUGUACAAAUAAGAGCAUAUCAUCUAAUGCUAAAAAUGGAUCUACAGAUGGCCAGAUAGCUUUGGACUGCAUCACAGGUGAUUUGGUAUCUAACUUGUUUGAUCAGCUAGCUAGUGAAAAUGGCAUUUGUGGUGAAAGAAAUGGAACCGACAUUUCCUCUGCUGAGAUGGAAGUUGAUCCAGCAUCCAUAUGUACCUCUUCAUCAGGAUUAUUUUCUGUUGAUGGGGUUGCACCAACUAACUUAUUCGCAGAAAAUGGAGAGAGGAUGUUGGUUGAUGCAGGCCCUGACAUAACAAAGAAUCUUCCAUCAACAGAUGAUUCAUUCACAAAUCUAAAUGGCUUUGAAGAUGAUAUUUUAGACAAGGAUUCUUGUGAAAGUGCUAUGGAUAUGGAGUCUGAAAUAACACCUAUUCUUCCCAAAAUUAAUAGCAAACCCAUCUCUGAUACACAGCUGGUCAAUAUGGUUGAAACUGCAGGUGGCAGAGGAAUAGGCGUGCAUAAUGGGAAUGGAAACAUGAGUCAAAACCUACUUUCUGUGGAUGAUGAUGUCUUGUUAGUGGGAAUUCAAGAUAGUGUGGCAAAAGAUUAUAGUAAUUGUUGCAAUGCAGAGAAAGUGAGUUUUGAAGCUCCAGUUGUACCUUCAGAGAAGCCAGGGAGUGACCAUGGAGAUACAAGUCAGAAUGUAACGCCCUUGGCUGAUGUUAUGCCAUUAGCAGUGCAAAAUAGGAUUGCUGAUUAUGAUCUUGGUAACAAUACAAAGGAAGCAAAUUUCAGGUGCAAAACUGAUGAUACUUCAGCAUCUCUAUGCAUUUCUGCUUCCAUUGAUUCACAGUUAGCCAAUAUGGUAGAAGCUGUAGGUGAAAUUGAAGAGAACAGAGAAAUGUGCCCACUGACUGAAAAUGGAAGCAGUACGCAGAUCCCAUCCUCUGUGGAUGAUGAAAUCCCAGUGAAAGGGUCUAAUGAGCCAGAAAAUUCCAACCCUUUUGAUACAAGAGGACGUGGCAACAUGAUUUGUGUGUCCCAAGAGUCAAGUCAAGACCCAUCAAAUUCCAGUUCUGAUAAGUCGCAUCUCCCUGUUGACCCGACAAAGCAGGAAACAAGUACCUAUGUGGAGCCAUCUUCUAGCAUUGAACCUUUGCCUGUUAAGCUAGGGACUUCAGAUCAAAUUGCUGUUGACAAAUUUCCUUCCGAAAUGAUCAGGCAGCAAUAAACUUGUAAUGGAGACAAUAGUCCUGUGUCUGAGGGUCAGCAUACGUCUCCUGCAAGGAUGGUAGAUAUGGAGCAGCAGAAAGCUGCUGAUGCAACAGCUGGUGAUGGAUAAUAUUGUUGCUCUCUCCUUCCUCACUAUACAUGUAUAUACACUGUGGAGUCUGAGGACUAGGAUUCCUUGCCUUUUAGCAGCUGAUAAAUGGAUCAAUUUUUCAGGAUAUAGGAGAGGAUAGAAUGAGAAUUCCAAGUGGGAAAAAGAGACGAGGCACCUACUGACAGCAAUCGCAUCAUCCAUGUGGCCCAGUAAGAGUAAGAAGUUUCUGCUCUUGGGGAUGUACUAAAUGCGAUUGAGGUGAGGUAUCCAGCUUUGAUUAUUCAAGGAAGAAGAAUCUUCUCAGACUAGACUUUCAACUCAGCCUGUGGCAGCUCCCAAAUAAUCAAAAUGGCACCACUGCCUCACGGUGCAUUCUAGCUUUGCUUAUUUAUAUGAAGUGCAGAAACAUGUUCUGCCUGCAAAAGGACACACAUUCAUUUCCUUCUUCCGAGUUGAAGAGACUGAUGCGACGUGAAAAAUCCAGACCCAGAAAGGAGAGGGCCAGUUCUAGAUAUAUGGGUAAGUCAGCAAUGGUACAGGAGAACGAAACAGAAUGGGAGACAGUGAGGCGGGAAAAGGGUCACUUUUGACUGGGAGAAGCAAAACUAAGUCAGGAUUUGGCUGAAAAAGGAAACAAUGGUACGCGUCCGAUGGCCAACCCCAACUUUCUGUGGAUGGUUUUGGGCAGUUUGAUGCUCGUGAACUUCGUAACGCGGCAAUGCUUCCUAUUUUGGAAAAUCCAUUGGCUUAGUAUCGUGGCUGGGAACCACUUGUUCAUUGUGAUGAUGUAUGGCCAAAGAGUGGUUAUGCGUAGAACCAUAAAGUUAAUUUCCCAUGGAUAAAGGAGGAUGUAAGACAACUCUCUUCCAGUUUACUCGAUUACAGAUUGGAGAGAUGAUAAUGGUGGUUAUUGCUCUUCUUUGUACCAUAGACUCUCUCUUUGAUAUUGAACUUGAGAGUUUUUCUAUCCAUCUCUUUGAACUUAAUAAGAUGUAUGAAACAGGUUUUUGUAA